AAUAAACCAAAUAUCAUAACAAGAAAAUCUAAUGGCGCAAUACCAAGAGAAUGGAUCACACCCCUCUUAUCAACACUUCCUGACAUAAACGAAACAAACAAAAUCCUAAUUAACAAAAAGAUUCAAUUAUCAGUAUCAUUAUUGGAUAACUCUCAACUUAGCGAAAAAAUCAAAAUUCUUGGCACCCACUUCCACUUCGACAAACUACCACAAGACUUCAUUACCAAGCCUAAGUCACCUGAGCCAAAGUUGACUCUCCUUCCAAUACUCAUCUAA